AUGAAUAGGCAUGUGCUGCUUGAAGAUUUGAGACCUGAAAGAAACUUCCUAUAUGUUGACUGGAUUGUAGCAGAUAUGGUGUCUCUGCGUUGUGGUUCCUUGGGCCAUCUGCGAUAUGUUAUGAAGGACACCCUGCAGUUGAUACCACUGUAUGGGUUUUACUUUUAUGUCCACGGUUGCAUUUAUGUGAAAAGAGGGAAGUUUAGUCAACAAAAAAUGAUUGCAUCACUUGAUUAUCUGAAAAACCCAAAAAUACCAACUUGGCUGGUGGUGUUUCCUGAGGGAACGCGAUAUUAUCCAGGUCAUCCAAAAGUUAUUGAGAAGUCAGAGAAGUAUGCCCGUGACAACAACAUACAGAAUGGUCUUGGUAGCAGUGGCAAAGACAUAUCUCAACGCCCAGUUUUAAAACAUCACUUAGUGCCAAAAACUAGAGGAACAUGGCUAGUGACAGAAAAUUUGCAUGAAAAAAUUGAUGCCAUUUAUGACGUAUCAGCUUUCUAUGAGGGAAGUGUGAACGAAGAAGGCAUCAGAGGAAAUGCUCCUCAGUUGAUAGGUAUGUUGAUGGGCAAAUGCAAGAAGAUUCACAUUCACAUAAGGCGCAUCCCCAUGUCAGAAGUACCAAAAGACGAAGAAGAACUGAAAGUAUGGCUUCACAAUUUAUAUAUCAAGAAGGAUGAGCUUGCAGAAAACUUCUUCACUAAAGACAAAGAAGCCAGAGCCUCUGUACAGACAAGAUUAGGUGGCCGUCCUCAUUCUCUUGGUCUUUGGUCCACAUUAUCAUCAUUUCUGGUCUUCACAGCCAUAACAGUGCCUGUUUUAUGUACCAAGAUUGGUCGCCAGUUAUACCUUCAGCUUCUUGUCUACGGAACAUUGGGUGGUUACGGGUGGUUAGCCCUUCGUUCAGUAUGUUAGAAAAGAAUGAUUCUAGGAUGUUUUAUUUUUAAUGUUAAAAAGUUUACCAUGAAUAACCUAAGUGCUGAGAUGUUGGAGUUUGUUUGUAGCAUUUGUAUUCUCAUUGACCAUACAGUGGAGAUAUUUCUCUUUCAUAUCAUCAAAUAUAAAAUGUUUAUGGAGAUGACACAAAUGGUAUUUUUUAUGGGAUAAUAUUGUCUGGAUCAGUAAUACUCAUAUAGAAAAUGAUGAAUUGCUAAUGCAUAAAGAAUGAGAUGUAGAGGAAGACACUAGAUUAUAGUUUGAAACUAUAUUAAGUAAACAUCGUGUUUUUAAAGGGAGCUCAGUAUUUUAGGGAUUAUUUGUAUGGAGGGUAUACAGUAUAAUGAAGAGUGACUGUUAUUUAUACUGUAUUUAUUUUUUAUUUUCUAAGCCUGCUUUUGAGGAGCUGUUAUGUUUUGGGAAUGUCACAAAAUCCCCUCAGUAAUUGGGAGUUUGUUGCCGCUGAAAAAAAAAAAAAAAAGAGCUCGUUUGUAGAUGUAAUGCUCUUGUAAGGAUGAAAUUGAGUAGAGAGAAGUGUGAGAAGGAAGCUUGCAUAAAAAAUGAAGGUCACUACUAACCUGCACCUGGCCUUAGUUCACCCCAGUUGGGGCAUUAUAUUGAAUUUUGUGUUCAAAGAGAUUGUCAGUUUUAAAACAGUGUGUGAUUGCCAUUUUUGAAAGUGUGUUCAUAAGGAAAUACCAAAUGCUACUACUUUAGAGUGUUAAAUACUGUAUACAUAAAUAUACGUAUUUCUGUGUAUAUGUGUAAACAGUAUUUUUUCUUGUAGGUAACACGUGUUCAAAAUACUGAAAUGCAAUUAAAACUAAGAAUGCCACAAAUUUGACUGCUGAGAUUGCUGCACUUGAAGACUUGUAUACACUUAAGUUUGAAAUUAAAUUAACAUCAUUGAUAUGAUGUAUAUAAUCACAAGCAUUACUUUAGAAGGUUCUCUUCAUUUAUAUAAAUGUAGAGACUGGCCUAAGUUUCAUUGUUUACGAGAGAUAUGUAUUCGUCCUUUUUCUUUAGCAGUAAUCUUGUAUUACCUGCGAUUGCUUUCACAAGAUGGUAAUAAUAAUGAGGUAGUUUUAAUUGAUGCAAAGUUUUCUUUAGAUAAUUUCAUAACCUGAGAUUCUCAUGUGAUACCUAUCUGCUUAUUGGUAAAGUGCAUUAUUGAAGUGUAUUUUUAUAUUUAUACAUUAUACUUCAUUAUUUUUUAUAAUAUUCUAGAAUUUUCUUUGUUUUUCAUAGCAGAUUUGCAUGAUUCAGUCUAGCAGAUUCAAUUCUUUGGAGGUAAUUAGUCAGUCUUUACAAUACAAAACUAAUUAAAAAAAUUUCUUACAAUACAAAACUAAUUAAAAAAAUUUCUUACACUGGUUAUUGUUUUGAGCAAGAAUUCUUAGUUAAGUCAGUUGAAGCUUAAUUUAUUUGAUAGUCUAUAGUACAGUUGAGAUAGUCCCUGACUUAUGACUGGGGUAGUGUCCUGACAUGCAAACUUUUUUGGAAUGCAUAUAUUUUGCAUAAUUGCUCUCUUUAUUUAUGCAAUACAUUUUUUAUUUCAUUUGUUACACAUAUUUACAUAUUGAUAUUUUAGGUACAAAUUUGCUUUACUUGUGGUGUACCUUUAUGUUACAAUUUGGCAGAUUGAUUUUUAAAUGUUUAAGAACAUUUUUUCCUCAAACUUCACAUUCUGGAAGUGUGAAUGGAUACAAACAGAAUAAGUUGUAAGUUGGGGACAGUCUGUUUAGUUCAUGUUAGGGAAGUGAAUGUGUAUAUGUAUCUGUUUGAAGUUGGAGGAAUCUUGUGUUGCUUAGUAUCAAUUGGAGGUAAUGAAGUGUUAGUGUGGAGAUUUAAUGGAAUAUCAUAGAAGAGAAAGGUAGUUAGACAACCACCCAAGUUUGAAGAGAAUUGGUUGCUCAUAGUAAAGAUGGACCACAGGCAAAGAAUAUAGCUCAUGUCAAAUUAAGAUAGUUAUAAGAGAUUAUUUGACAUUUUUUUAUGAUUCCAGGGAUGUAUGCAUGAUGUGGAAGGUUUUGUUUAUAGAGUUUCCAUCUAUUGUCUUUCAUUAUUACUGUAGCAGAGAUUUUACCAGUACUCCCAAGGAAAAGCUGAAGCACACCCAAGCUUAAUCAGAAAAAAAAAAAGAUACGGACUGUCAAUAUGAAGUAGUUGAGUACCGGUACAUUCUCAAUCCUUUUUGAUCAUCCAAAGCACAGUCAGGUGGAGGGGGGGGGG